UACUUUCUCUCCUUUCCUCUACGUCAGUGGGCGGAGAAAGAAGACCCCUCCCAGCCCCCCGCGGAGACGCAACUGGUCAUUGGUGAAUGAGCGGUCCUUUGAGCGCUAGCAAUGAGUGGACGGCCGAUUGCGCGGCGCUGAUUGGACAGCAGUGGGCAGGUUAAAGGCAGGGGCUUUUGAGUCCACUCCGCCCCUUGGGCACGCUGGCGGAAAGGAAGAUGGCGUACCAGAGCCUACGGCUGGAGUACUUACAGAUCCCACCGGUCAGCCGCGCCUACACCACUGCUUGCGUCCUCACCACAGCUGCCGUGCAGUUGGAAUUGAUAACACCUUUUCAGUUGUACUUCAAUCCUGAAUUAAUUUUUAAACACUUUCAAAUAUGGAGAUUAAUCACAAAUUUCUUAUUUUUUGGGCCAGUUGGAUUCAAUUUUUUAUUUAACAUGAUUUUUCUAUACCGUUACUGUCGAAUGCUAGAAGAAGGCUCUUUCCGAGGCCGGACAGCAGACUUUGUAUUUAUGUUCCUUUUUGGUGGCUUCUUAAUGACCCUUUUUGGUUUAUUUGUGAGCUUAGUUUUCUUGGGCCAGGCCUUCACAAUAAUGCUUGUCUACGUGUGGAGCCGAAGGAACCCUUAUGUUCGCAUGAACUUCUUUGGCCUUCUCAACUUCCAAGCCCCGUUUCUGCCCUGGGUGCUCAUGGGGUUUUCCUUAUUGUUGGGGAACUCGAUCAUUGUGGACCUCUUGGGUAUUGCAGUUGGCCACAUAUACUUUUUCUUGGAAGAUGUAUUUCCUAAUCAGCCUGGUGGAAUAAGAAUUCUGAAAACACCAUCUAUUUUGAUAUUCCAGGCUCUCCCUGACCUAGUCCUAGAAUCAUCUGUUUCUUCAGGAGGACUAUUUUUGAUACACCAGAUGAGGAUCCAAAUUACAAUCCACUACCUGAAGAACGGCCAGGAGGCUUUGCCUGGGGUGAGGGCCAGCGCCUUGGAGGUUAAAGCACCGUGCCAAUAAUGAGACCCAGCUGGGAAGGACUCUAUGAAAUACCCAUUGGGAUUGUUUUAUCCUUUGUUGCAAAAGUGUGGACACUUUUGACAGUUUUACAGAUUUUAACUCCAGAAGCACUUUACAAAAUGGUACACUGACUAAUCUAGAAGAUAUUUCCAGCAUUUUGCCAGUGGUUCCUCACUACACUGGUACUGAAAGUGUAAUCUCUUGGAGCCAAAAAACUGGAGAAACCAUUAUAUCCUGCCACCUCUUAACAAGUACAUGAGUACUUCAGAUGGCAUAAGGCAGGCGUUUUUCUUCCUCUUCUUUGAUAGAUGAGGCCAUGGUGUAAUGGAAGUUUCAGAGAGGACAAAAUAAAACUGAAUUCCAUCUCUGUUUCACUGUAUUAAAGCUUUUGUGUGUGAUCUUUUAAAUUACGUGUUUUAGCUCUCCUGUGUCAGUCUGAGCUCAGAGCAGUUUACAUGCCUGCUCUUUUUGUGUCUUUUAACUGGAUUUCAUUUCAAGAUUGGAAACACAUGGCUGGUGUGCUAUGGCUGUGUACAUCAUAAUUCACAGUGCUAACUUCAAUAGGAAUAUUUAUCUCUGUCCUUCAGAUAAAUUGUUCUCCAUCUGGGAAUUGAGAAACUUCAAUUUAUCAAACCACAGGGCAGUUUCAGCAGCAGGAGGAAUUCCGCUACAGAAAAGUCAGCUGCAAGCAGAAAGUUAAUCGAGCAUCUUAUUUGUUGUGCUUCUGUUUCUCUAUUAGGAAAUAUUGAAGAAAAGACUGGUAACAGUUUUGGAAAUCUACAGGAAGGUAAAUGGGCAGCAGUUAAGCAUACAUCCUUCCUUGGUCAUUAGAAUGUUAACAGUUUUCAUUUGCUUCGUGAAAAGCUGAAAACUUUGAGAGCCAAGUACCUGGUUUACCUUCCCAGUCAGAUAGAAAUUAGGGUCUACAAAAUUUGGCACUUAAUGCCUAUUAUUUACUGGUCCAAAAUAUUAAGUCUCCCAUGGUCUCCUGAGGUUUGUGAUCAUACUGCUUAAUCGGAACCCAGAAGAGUGAAAAAGGACACCCCCAAGAAAGAGGUGCUCUUAGUUUUCAUAAGCAGCAUAAAGGCGUAAGAUCCUUUCUCCAAACUGGAUCGUCCUUAGUCGUUCUGUCUUGGUUAAGGGUAGCUUUCCAUAGUGAGAUUUCCCAGAAAAUUUGACAUAGGCUUAAAUAGAAACAAAUGUAAAUUUUCAGAGUGUUUCCAAAAUGAAAAGUAUUUUAAUGUCUUUCUAAAUGUAAUGUGCAUAAGUAAUGGAAUUUAGUCGUAUUUUACAUGUUGCUAGUAAGUAAGUUUGAAUAUGACUGUUGCAAUUUUAUGAAACUUGGGUCAAUGGACUGCUUUAUUUCCUAAAAGGUUUAGAGUCUUUUUAAAGUUUGAAUGCCAAUUUUAGAUCAUAUAAUCCUGUGGGAUUCUUAAAUUUGACCAUUUUUGUCUCUGUUCAAGGAACCUUUUAGUCAUUUUGGUGUUUCUGUUAUAUUUUGUAUUUUGUUUUGCAGUACUAGAUAUUGAACCCAGGGCCUUAACACUAAGCUACAUCUCCAGCCCUUUUAUUCCAAGAUAGGGUUUUACUGGGCCCAAAUUCACAAUCCUCUUGCCUCAACCUCCUAGAGUUCUAGAAUUACAAGGCAUGUGCCAGCACAUCUUUUUUUUUUUUUUUUUUUUAAUGUUUUGGGCUAGAAAUGGGGGUCUGUAGUUUUAUUCUUCCUUCAUUAAUUUUGAAUUAGCCAGUUAAUAGAAUUUUGGUUUUUUUGGUUUUUUUUUAGUACCGGGGAUUGAACUCAGGAGCUUAUACUUGCAAAGCAGGCAACAGAACCACUGAGCUAAAUCCCCAGUCCCCAGUUAAUAGAAUUUUUACAGUAAAGUUUUAAUCCUAAAAUUACUUCACCUAAGUGGGGAAUAACUACACAUCAGUGACUGAGUAUAACAGGAAACACAUUUUGCUGGUAGAACCUAAAAGCAGUUAGUUACAGGAUUUUGGUUUUCCUCAUUUUAUAAGAUGUAAAAUCCUAGUGGCAGGAUUCUGUUACUACACUGUCCUGAUGGUGGUAGUUUGAAUCAUUGACCUCUCAGUCUGACCAAUCCUACUACCACUAUCCCUAGCCUUGUGUUGCUUGACAGGAUCUUUAUGUAUCCCUGGCCAUUAGGAAAAAUCUGUACUUUUUCCCAACUUACAUCCUGAACUUCAUUCUUCCAGAAUACACUUCCUUUUCAUAAUGCAAGUUAAUUGAAAAGUGAAAUCUGAUACAUGGAAUUUUGUGCCCAACUAACCUUAUAUACCAAUAUAAUUUGAGAGACUCCUGGAUUCUACCAGUAAUACCAAAAGGCACACCCCUGACUUAAGACAUAGGGAUUUUUUUUUCGUUAUAGAAAUACAGCAUAUGUUCAUUUUUAAAGUAAAUGGACAUAUAAAUUGCAUCUCCUAGUAGAUAUUUUUAUAUGCAUUUUGGUGUUUUUUUAAUUUUGUUUUUUACUAUGGAUUUGUACUUGUUUCUCUCUUACAGUUGUUCUUUUCUCUGUGUCUUGUGUAUCCUAAAAUUUCAUACUAGCACAGUUUCUUGAAGCAAAGUACCCAUUUUUAUGGAUCUUGGUAGUGGAUCCCUCACUUUGUCUCUGAGGGCCUCUGAAAACUAAGUAUUGACACUAUUGGCCAUGUUGAAUAACAGGCUUCCUAGAAUUGUCAUCUCUCCUGCCAGUGUUUUUAUGUUGCUGUACUUUCUUUUUACAGACGAGUUCCACAUGUGUUGUUAGCCAAGAUCUGCUAUUAUUAUCAGUAUGAGAUUGCAUUAAAGCUGUUUGAACCAUGUGUGGUCAGGUCAUUUCUCUGCUGAGAAAUCCACAGUGGCUUCUUAAUAAGCCCCUAUAUAUAAUGCAUACUUUGUCUUCCUCUCUGAAGCGUACUCCCACUUCUACCUAAUAGGGAUCUCGAAUUAAGUCUUCAGUCCUUCAAGGCCUUGCCUUUCUCCUGACACCUCAAGAAAUCUUGAUUGUAAGGCCUAUUUCAUUGUCUUUGAAUCCCUACAAAGUUUCACAUCUGUAUGACAUACUCUUCCACAAAAUUAUAUACUGUCUUACACUGUUCCUAGCUAGUACAUGUAUUUUAGUCUUCCUCAUAAGAAUGUAAGCUCCUUAAGGGCAGGGAUCAUGUCUUAAAUUUUGUAUCCACCACAGUGCCUAGCACAGUGCUUGGCACAUGACUGCUGAAUAAAUACUUUGUAUAUUGAUCGGCAAACAUCUGGUAUU